AUGUCCGUUGGUCAAACAGCCGUUUCGGCGCCUUCGGGCCAAAGGGAAUCCAACUUCAAAGACAAGGAUAAGCCAAUGUCUGUUCGCCAGAGUAAUAUUGUCGCUGCCAAAGCCGUAUCCGAUGCUGUCCGAACAAGUUUAGGACCCCGCGGCAUGGAUAAGAUGAUCCAGGCUGGUAAUGGGGAGGUGACCAUUACUAACGAUGGUGCCACCAUUUUAGCUCAGAUGGCUGUAAUUCAUCCGACUGCCAAAAUGGUACGCUUUAUUUACAGUUAAUUUUAUUUUUAGUUGGUGGAGUUGUCGAAAGCUCAGGAUAUCGAAGCCGGAGACGGAACUACGACCGUUGUUGUUAUGGCCGGUGCAUUCUUGGAUGCUGCUGAGAAGUUGUUGAAUAAAGGGAUCCAUCCUACUCGUAUUUCGGACUCUUUCCAAAGAGCCGCAUCAAAGGCUGUGGAGAUUUUGGAAGGAAUGUCAUAUCCAUUAGAUAUAUCCAACGACGAGGAGCUCAUUAAAUUGGCUACCACCAGUCUUAACUCGAAAGUUGUUUCGCAACACUCAUGGCUUUUGGCUCCAAUGGCUGUUCAGGCCAUCAAGAAGAUCGUUGACGUUCAAGCCGACGACAAUGCCAAUUUGAACAUGAUUAAGAUCGUUAAGAAAUUGGGAGAAACUGUUGAGGAAUCACAGUUGAUCGAGGGAGCUUUGAUUGAACAGAGAAGCAUGGGACAUGGCGGACCAUCUCGCGUUGAAAAAGCGAAGAUUGGGUUGAUUCAGUUCCAGAUUUCUCCCCCAAAGACCAAUGUAAGGAAACAUUGCACUUGACUGACAUUCGUUUAGAUGGAAAACCAAGUUGUCAUUACUGACUACGCCCAAAUGGAUCGUGCCCUGAAGGAAGAACGUGCCUAUAUUCUCGAUAUCUGCAAGCAAAUCAAGAAGGCGGGUUGUAAUGUUGUUCUCAUCCAAAAGUCGAUUCUCCGGUAAGCUGUAUGCAUCUAUAAAUAAAUAUUUUUUAGGGAUGCUGUAUCUGAGACCGCCCUUCAUUACUUUGCCAAGAUGAAGAUAAUGGUUAUUAAGGACAUUGAAAGAGAGGACAUUCCUUUCUACUCCAGUAUCCUAGGAUGUCGCCCGAUAGCUUCCAUCGAUCAUUUUACUGCUGAUUCCCUUGGAUCUGCUGAUCUUGUUGAAGAGAUUACUACUUCCGGAUCAGAGAAGGUAGUCAAGGUCACUGGACUACACGCCGCAGGAAAAGCCGUCUCAAUUUUGUUGCGAGGAUCGAAUAAGUUGGUGUUGGACGAAGCCGAUCGUUCUCUCCAUGAUGCCCUUUGUGUUCUCAGAUGCUUGGUCAAAAAGAGAGCUCUCCUACCUGGUGGUGGAGCCCCAGAAAUGGAAGUUGCCGUCAAUUUAAGAAAGGAGGCCGAAAGUAAAGAAGGAGCUGAACAAUAUUGCUGGAAGGUAAAAGAUCACUUUCAUUUCAAUUCUUCUGUUGGGACCGAUCUCAUCUGUUGAUUUGCAGGCCUUUGCUGAUGCCCUUGAAGUGAUUCCAUACACCCUAGCUGAGAACGCGGGUCUAUCUCCCAUCACAACGGUCACCGAACUCCGUAAACAACACGCUGAUGGAAAUAAGGACUAUGGUGUCAACGUUAGAAAAGGAUUUGUCACUGAUAUUAAAGAAGAGAAUGUCCUCCAACCUCUGAUUGUGACUCAGUACGCGAUCAAACAAGCUGCUGAGUGCGUGAGAAGUAUUCUCAAGAUUGAUGAUAUUGUAAGUCAACCUAUGUUUUAAUUAAUAAUGAUGUCUUUAGGUAUUGGCAAUCCGCUAA